AUCCAUUUAGGUUCGAAUUUACCACUUCCUUAUUUCUUCCGAGUCUCAGACGUGUCUUUGCUCAUGGCUAUCAACGUGUCGUCUUCACUUUCUCGGUUACCGCCGACGAUUCUUGAUAAGCCCAUUCCCCUUCCUCCCUCAACCUGUCUCUGUCUCUCUCUAUGCCUGUCACCCUCAGUUCCUUACUAUUCGUUUCCAUCGGCUAAAGGAUGAAUAAAAGUGUGUAGGGAGAUUCAAUGGUUUGUUUUCAACCUUUAUGGACGAGGUAUAAAUUGUUACGCGGGCACUGAAAGUGAGAUUGGAGCAGGGAAGGCACCAAUAUUGGCAGAUAAUGGUGGAGAGGGGGCUGUUUCUUGAAUUAAUGACAAGCAUGUUCCUCCUGGUUACAGCGCCCUUUUUGUUUUUCAAAAGUAUAUGUUUAUUUGGUGUGAGAACAGUUUUUCUUGCUGUCCACACUUGGAUACUUCUGGUGAAGGCCAUAAUCAUCUUCCAAGUGAGCAUAUGCUGUAAAGUUAUGAUUUGGACAAUUGCACUUAUAUCUCUUCCAUUACGAAUUCUGAAUGCCCUGCAUAGGGAAAGGCUGCUUGAAGCUCAUCUGCAUGAGCUGCAAUAUCACUUCGAGAAUCUUGUGUGGGAUAAGAUGGAAGCUGAAGAGAUGCUGCAACUGGCCCUUAAAGACUGUAGAAUUUUGGAAACAAUGUUAUCAGAACUUGAAGAGGAGCAUGAAAAAGCCCUUGCCAAGAUUGAACUAUUAGAAAAUGAGCUACAGGAUCUGAAGGAUGAAAACUUUCGAUGGAAUGAGGUACAGGGGAAGGGUCUUUGGGACUUCAAACCUCGAGAUGUCCCAGCUGGCUGCACAGAUGUCCUGGAUGUGAAAGACAGUAUCCCACUGGAAACCAAGUAUGGGGUCCAGUCGCUAAAACCUGGUAAUGGAAGUGGCGUGAUCCUUCAAGAACUGAUGAUGCAUAGAGAUGCAUGGGAAGAUGAGAUCAAAGGCAAAACCCAAUCCCCUGAUUUUCUCGAGAUUGGACCAAGGGUUGUCCCAACAUCUCUGAUGGUAGAUGAAGUACUUGACCACCGCAAGGGGGUUGCCCUAUCACAAAGCAUCUUCAGUGCAAUCUUAUCGCUUUUGGUUGGUAUGAUAAUAUGGGAGGCUGCAGAUCCCUGCAUCCCCCUUGUGGUAGCGCUCUUCACUGUAGUUGGUAUUUCUUUGAAGAGUGUUGUGCGGUUCUUCUCCACAAUAAAUAACAGCCCAGCAUCUGAUGCAGUGGCUCUCUUGAGCUUCAACUGGUUCAUUCUUGGCAUGCUAACCUAUCCAGCCUUGCCAAGAGUUACACGUAUGUUGGCCCCCCAUGCUGUAAACCUAAUGAAUCGUGUGUUUGGUUGGUUUGGUCAUUCUGCAUCAUAGCUUGCUUUGUUGGAAAAGUUUCACCUUAGAGAUGAUGUUUUAUCUUCUCAGUAGAUUAGACAUGUGCAGUGGGAGUUCUUGGUCAUCUCUGUAUAGAUAUCUUUGUCAACUUUGUUUCAAGUGUGAGAGUUUCUUCCUUGUUUUUCUGUAAUUCAUAUCUUUUGCAAGACUGAUCCCUAACAAUUUCUAGCUGGAAUUGGUGGUGGUACCACAGAUAUACAAUCUGGCUACAUUGGUUUUCUAUUUUCA